AGGACUCUGAUUAGAUGUCACUCCGACUGUCUCAGCCUCCCGCAAGACCGGGUUCGACAUUCCAACGCCAACCUGUGUUACACGUCUUCUGAGACGCUCUUGCAUCUGGAGUAUCUAUAAAGGCUGAUGCUGUCUGUAUUCCGAUCGCAUAACAAACGAUAUUCAAUAAAUUGGUUGAGUUAAUACAUGGAAAUCAGUGAUCCAGGAACAUCAGACAGAGAGUGGAACGGGACCCACUGAACCCCCGGCCUGAGGCAGUGAGGCAUCUAGCUCUGUCCAAAACUUUUCUCCAUCCUCUACUUUUAAUAAUUCACUAGCCAGUCUGUCGUUGUCCAUCGCUAUCAACCUCACCCCAUCUAUUGCGCUGCAUUCACUGCUGUUGAGUGAUAUUUCGAACAGCAGUCAACAUCAAAUUGCUGUAUCGUCACCCGCUCACUUCGAACCUUGUCUCAGUCUUUUCUUGGUUGGCAUUGGCAUCUCCCCGCAUAGAGAGUCCCCGACCGCUGUGUGCUCCAUACUGCCGUUUCAUCGGUCCACGCCAGAACUACAACCUGUCAACAAAGGACGAACAUCAUCUCUUCCUGACAGCCUGACACAAUUGCAACAAUUAUUAUAUCAUCAACUGGGACUGUCUCACUCGACUCAGUGGGCAGGAUAUACUAACCGCCAAAACGGCCUCUUCCACUCUAAACGUCUCUUUCAACGGAUCCGGCUCCGUGUCGGCGGAGCAAGUUUCCAAAAUUCCUUCAUCGCAGUCCCGAGCCUCGUUGCUCGGAGGAGCCUACGAUACCUCUUUCCGUGCUUCGACAGGUCCUUUUCCGGAACGUCAAGGUUAUAGGCAGGUCCAUGGAUCAGAACAAGUGAGCAGGAUGUAUCUUCCAAAUUCAAAGUGGACAUGGCUCUUUGUCAUGACUGCCGUGAUCCAGGCAGCUGUUAUUCUCGGUCUGGAAGCCUAUGUAUUUGCCGAUUUCCAGCUUCAUCUCCAUUCCUUCUCCGAUUCCGCCAGCUCCUCAAAGACUAUCCCGACUUUUCUUUCGUUGUACAUUUUCGGUUUCGUUUACGAGUUAAUUCUGGUCUACGAUGCCUUGCGUCUCAAAAACACAAUUCAAAUCAUUGGACUAUGUUUCUGCAACAUCGGCCUGCUCAUCUACGGUGGUCUGCAGAUUGAGCAGGCAACCCAGGAGGAAAAUCUCUGGCGUCAGACCAAAGGGAUCAUGAUCGCGAUUCCUUGUAUAAUCGCAUUUUCCUCGACCUUCUUGAUAUUUGUGGCCUGGAAACUCUACGAUGAGUUCGCAUGGACCAUCUAUAAACACAUCAGUGCCGAUUUGCGAAUGAAGCGACGCUAUCUGACUUAUCAGAUUUACAUCGCCUUGUUGAAGUUUGAUUUCUUCUUCUUCUUAGGAUUUACCGUCCAAUUCGUCGUCAUCGUAACUGGCAAAACCGACGUCGAGUUUGCCUUGACUCUAGCCGCUAUUCCAGUGACGAUAUUGAUUCUUUUCUUUGCGGCAUACUUUACCAGACGAGAGAACACGCUUGGCAUGUGCGCUGUCAUUCUACUCUAUUUCGGUGGCCUGGCCUACUUCCUCUUCAAGCUCGUACGCAUGUACCAACCAUCCAGAGCCCCAGAGUACAUUGCCGCUCGGCGAUCAUUGACCUUUUUCGCCGUCAUCACCAUCCUUUUGAUUCUGGCAACCAUCGCCAACGCCAUCGCGUGCACAAUCAAUUUCCACAAGGGACUCAAACCACAUGUUAUGAGACCACGCAAGUCUACCGACGACGAAAAGGCCACCGAGUUGGGUACCAGAGUCCCUGGAGAAGGCGUCCCUAGCCGCAUGAUGAUUGAUUGAUUUUACGAUCCCUCGGAGAGCACAUAUUUACCGUCUACAGCAUGGUGUGCAGCGCUUUCCAAAGAACAACACGUAAAUAACAUACAUAUACCCUUGAAUACUCUGCGAAUUCACUGCAAAUGAACAAACCAAUCUGGCGACCGGCUCACCAGUUUUGACUGAUCUGACGGAUUUUUUUGAUACUAUGAUACCACACCCUUGUUUAUACCCUUACUCUGAUGGCUGCGAUCGAUUUCUGUAUUAUUCGAUUUCUUUUUUCAAUUACAAAAUAGAAAAUAAAUGCCCUUCUACGAC